GAGGAAACGGGGCGGGGCUGAGAAUAAGGGCCGGUACUCGAAGUGCGCGUGCGCACCAGGCUCUCAACGCCUAACUCGCGCGGGGUCAGUUCUCACCGGAGGCCCGGCUUCUGCUCGUCGGUAAAGGGCGCCACCGAUCGUGAGGGUACCUUCCUCUGUUCUCACCCCGGAUCCAGCUUAUUGCAUGAUUAUCUAUAACGACCGUCUGUGUCGUCUACUAUCGCGUGCGCCCCACGCAGGCUUCGCUAAGCGCCGAGGCUCCCGGACGAUCCACAGGAUGAGUGACUCGGGUGCGCGCAAGCGCAGUGGCUGCGGUAGCGCUUCCGGGACGGCGCUGUGGGACUUUUUUGGCGCGAGUGGGGACGGCGGCCGGGAGGGCGCGGUCAGCGCUCCGCGUUUUGGGUCCUGGCAGCGCCAUGCGCUACAACGAGAAGGAGCUGCAGGCGCUGUCUCGGCAGCCGGCCGAGCUGGCGGCCGAGCUGGGCAUGCGGGGCCCCAAGAAGGGGAGCGGUGAGCCCGCCCUCACCGGCCCCCUCGCGCCUCUCUGCCCGCAGCCCGUCGGAGCCUUGCUGCUGGAGCGCUGCAGAGUCACCCAGGAGGAGCCCAGCGGCUUCUCCAUCAGCUUCAUGGAGGACCCAGAGAGGAAGUAUCACUUCCAGUGCUGCAGUGAAGAGCAGUGUCAGGAGUGGAUGGGGGCUCUGCGGCGAGCCAGCUACGAGUUCAUGCGGAGAAGCCUCAUAUUCUACAGGAAUGAGAUCCAGAAGAUGACUGGCAAGGACCCCCUGGAGCAGUUCGGCAUAUCUGAGGAGGCCAGGUUCCAGCUGGGUGGCUUGAAGGCCUGAGUCUGGAACAACCCCCCCGCCCCAUCCUCUCCAGGCCCUGGGUUUCCUGGUCAAGCCUGGAUUUGCUGCAGCAGAUGUUUGGCUUAAAGACUUCAAAAACCCAAGAUCGGUGGGGGUGGGCAGGGGCAGGUUGGAGAAACAACCCACUGACCGCCCCCCCCCGGCCCCUGGACUGGUCUGCACCUAUUGGUGCCCCAUGCUGCUACCGGGGGACAAACGUCCACUCCUAGAAGUUGCGUCCAGUCCCUCGGGCACAUCCGUCUGGGGUCUGGAGGCUCCUGAGGCUGGUGUAGCUCUCCUGGCCUGUGCAGGCUGAAUGUACAAAGCUAAACGAUGCUGUGAAGACGGGCGUGGGGGCCACGCCUGCUGGAGCCACUGUGAAUUCUACUCCUGCUGAUGGGGCAGGCCCUGGCCGGACGCCUCUGGGUGGAGCUGGAAGUCUUCACUCUCAGGCCAGCGUGCUUGUUGUAUUCAAAUAAAGGGACCUCUUUUCCACGUGG